UUUUCAUGCAACGCCCCCUUUGUAUUUGCGACAGUAGCCGUAUUACGUUUGCACUACUGCAUCAGCAGGGGAACCUUGUGCUUGAGAUAAGCAUGCCAAAAUCCAGACAGAACACAGCAAAACGGAUACGAUUUCGUGGGAAAAGCAAGGUUAAAGAUGGGAGGACACAAAAAGAGUCACAAGAAGGAAGGAAGAACACAGGACAUGCCAGUCUCUUUAAGGAGGCUGGCCAGAGAGAGGCAGAACUACGGAAGCAAAGGCUUGAAAACCUCCAGGAGAAACAGAAGGCGUCACGUGAAAGAGAGCUUUGGAGGAGGCGGAGUUUAGAGACAUUUCAGAAAGAUGUCCUGCAGCGACAGAGCGAAUUCGAGAAGAAGGAAAAUGAGAUGCAGAAUUUGGAAAAACAUGUCAAUUUUGAAAAUGAAAACUCAAGGAAGGCGUACUACAGGGAAUUUAAGAAGGUGAUUGAAAGGGCAGACGUUAUUCUGGAGGUUCUGGAUGCACGUGACCCUCUGGGCUGCCGAUGUCCACAGGUGGAGCAGGCAGUGGUUCAGAGUGGCACCAACAAAAAAAUAGUUCUGGUGCUAAACAAGAUUGAUCUGGUUUCAAAGGAGAUUGUAGAAAAGUGGAUAAAGUACCUUCGGAACGAGUUCCCUACUGUGGCCUUCAAAGCCUCCACUCAGCAACAGAACAGAAACCUGAAGCGCAGCAGUGUGCCCAUAACACAGGCCUCCUCUGAGCUCUUGGGCAGCAGUGCGUGUGUGGGGGCCGACCUCCUGAUGAAACUCCUGGGGAAUUACUGCCGCAACCUCGACAUCAAGACCACCAUCACCGUGGGUGUGGUGGGCUUCCCCAAUGUGGGAAAGAGCAGUCUGAUCAACAGUCUGAAGCGUGCUCGCGCUUGCAGUGUGGGAGCCACACCAGGUGUUACCAGGCACCUUCAGGAGGUACACCUGGACAAGCACAUCAAGCUUCUGGACUGCCCAGGUAUCGUCAUGGCGACCUCCACGUCAGACGCAGGGAUGAUCCUGCGGAACUGCAUGAAGAUCGAACAGCUGGUGGACCCCAUGGAGCCAGUGGCAGCCAUCCUCAGACGCUGCAACAGGAAUGAGAUCAUGCAGCACUAUGGUGUCCCAGAAUUCCACACUCCCCUGGAGUUCCUGGCCUUGCUGGCGCGGCAGCAGGGCAAGCUGAAGAAGGGAGGCCUUCCUGACCACGACAAAGCUGCGAAGAGUGUCUUACAGGACUGGACCGGGGGCAGGAUCAGUUACUUCACACACCCCCCCGAGACGCACACACUGCCCACUCACGUCAGUGCAGAGAUCGUGGCUGAGAUGGGCAAGGCCUUUGACUUGGAUGAGCUGGAGAAGGGGAACCAAGAAGCCUUGGCUGAGGUGAACUGCGCUGAUGUGCCGAUGGGGCUGUGCAUGGCCAGCUCGGGCAUGACUCAGGGAGGAGAGCUGGAGAUGGAGGGCGAGGCUGUGACGCUGCUGCAGCCAGAGGACGCCGCAGAGUCCAUGGACCAGGACCAGGACACCGAGUUUGGGCCGAUGACAGUGGAGAUUCGAGGAGUGCAGGCGAAGUCGGGGGGCCCCGCAGAUGUGCCCGCUCGGGCCCCGGACCUGAGGGACAUCCUCCAUGUGGACCCCCUCCAGCAGGGACAGGCGCUCCUGGCUGCUGGCAAGAAGAGGAAGAAGCAGCAGAAAAGAGCGGACAAAAUUGCAACAAAGCUCUCGGACACACUGACAUCUGCAAUGAACUUUUCUCUGUUGGACAGCUGAUGCACAUCUCCACAUCUGUAGCUUUGAGUAGCUCUCUGGGGCGAUAUUUUCAUUAAUAAUCUAUAUUUAAAAAAUAAACGUCUCAAUUUA